AAGAAAAAAGCAACCACCAUUAAUUUUUGGUUGCAGAGUCCAGUUCCAACUAUUUCGGAAGCUAAGUUAGAACUCUCUGUUCCAAAUCCAUGCACGAUAGUACUGAUAAAAAUGUCACUGUACAGAAGACAUAGACGAAAGCUUCAAAAGAUUGAAAUUUUUUAUUUUUGCAUCGACAAAAAGAAAAAAUUGGAAGCCGAACGACACCGGUGAGCCACGAAGACGAGGAAGAAAUCACGCACAAAGCACGCGAGGCGCAAGUUAGUGGCCACCCAUUACAAACACUUAAGCAUGCGAUUGAUCGUUUCUGUGGAGUGUAUUUUCUCGGGAAAAUGAUAAUCAAACGCAACUUGAAAUCUCAAAUGCCGAGUCUAAAACGGUGCCGAGUCGGAGACUCACCGGGUGACAACGACGAAAACUCGGCUUCUCGGAAGAAGAAGAAACUGAACGCUUACUACCCACUUAACCUGCUUGGCGAGGUUGCCGCAGGCAUAAUUCCGCUGAGUCUUCAUGGUAUCCACGCUAGCGACCCCGAGAAAGGAUUCUCUGCUUCAUGGAGCACGGAAGUGUCGUGUUCCCCCGGCGAGGUAGAGUCAAAAUCCAAGGGAAGCUCCGGUGGCAGGGCCAGGAACCCAACAGUGGAGGUUUCACGUCCGCCUCUCGUCAGAACCUCUCGUGGGCGAGUUCAGGUACUUCCUUCUCGGUUUAACGAUUCUGUUAUUGAGAAUUGGAAGAAAGAGAGCAAAGUUAGCUUGUGUGAUUAUUCUUUAGUCGAUGAAUUUGAACAUAAAAGAGAUAGAUUUGUUUCGAGGAUGCCAAAAUCCGGUAAUCAUAGUGUGAAAAACAGGAGAAACGAAGAGAAAAUGGGUUACAAGUAUGGUAGAUAUGCUACAUUGUGUGAGGAAGAUGAAGAAGAUGGGUAUAGGAGUAUUGACAUUAGGAAGUAUAAGUAUUCUAGUUCACGUAGUACGCUUACUUCAGUGUAUGAGCAAAACCUGGUUGAAGAAGAAAAGUGUCCACCGGAGGAAAUAGUUGAGUUAAUGGAGAAUGGUGAGAGGAAAGCUGGGUUGUAUGGGCCAGAGGACUUCUACUCGGGUGAUAUUGUGUGGGGGAAGUCGGGGAAGAAUGAUCCAUUUUGGCCAGCCAUUGUUGUUGAUCCAAUGACACAAGCGCCUGAGCUGGUUUUGAGGUCUUGCAUACCGGAUGCCGCUUGUGUUAUGUUCUUUGGACACUCUGGGAAUUCACAGCAAAGGGAUUAUGCAUGGGUCAGACGUGGAAUGAUUUUCCCCUUUGCAGAUUUUGUAGACAGAUUUCAGGAGCAGCGGCAAUUGAAUGAAUGCAAGACCAGUCAUUUCCAGGUGGCGAUAGAGGAGGCGUACUUGGCAGAACAGGGUUUCACAGAGAAGUUGAUACAGGAUAUUAACAUGGCUGCUGGGAAUCCAACUUAUGAUGAUUCUGUCCUUAGAUGUGGUCAGGAGGCCACAGGAUCAAACCAGGAUCAGGAAUGUCAUUCCCCUAACCAGGCCAUUUAUAGGAAGAACAAAAAUGAACAAGCCUGUGAAGGCUGUGGUAUGAUCCGUUUAGUUACGAAAAAGAUGAAAGCUUCAAUUACUGCAGGUCAAUUCCUUUGUAAAGCAUGUACAAGGUUAGCAAAAUCUAAGCAUUACUGUGGCAUAUGUAAAAAGAUUUGGAAUCACUCGGACAGCGGGAGUUGGGUCCGCUGCGAUGGCUGCAAAGUUUGGGUGCAUGCGGAGUGUGACAAAAUUUCCCACAAGCAUUUUAAGGAUCUAGGAGGAACUGAUUAUUACUGUCCUACCUGCAAAGCAAAAUUUAACUUUGAAUUAUCCGAUUCAGAAAAAUGGGAGCCAAAAGUGAAAUCCAACAAAAAUAGCAGUCAGUCUGCGCUUCCAAACAAGGUUUCCGUUCUUUGUUCAGGCGUGGAAGGCAUAUAUUUUCCAAGCCUUCAUUUAGUUGUGUGCAAGUGUGGGUUCUGUGGUCCUGAAAAACAAGCACUUAGCGAAUGGGAACGUCAUACAGGAUCCAAAGCAAAAAAUUGGAGGACUAGUGUUCGGGUGAAAGGUUCCAUGCUACCACUAGAAGAAUGGAUGCUGCAGCUCGCAGAGUACCAUGCAAAUGCUAGUGUACCGGCAAAACCACCUAAAAAGCCUUCUAUAAAGGAGAGAAAGCAAAAGUUGCUUGCUUUUCUGCAGGAGAAAUAUGAACCAGUUUAUGCUAAAUGGACGACAGAAAGAUGUGCUGUUUGUAGAUGGGUUGAAGACUGGGACUACAACAAAAUUAUCAUCUGCAACAGAUGCCAAAUUGCCGUGCAUCAAGAAUGCUAUGGAGCAAGAAAUGUUCGGGACUUCACUUCAUGGGUUUGCAAAGCAUGUGAAACACCUGAAAUUAAGCGGGAGUGUUGUCUUUGUCCCGUAAAAGGAGGUGCUCUAAAGCCAACAGAUGUUGAGACAUUAUGGGUCCAUGUUACUUGUGCCUGGUUUCAGCCUGAAGUCUCUUUUGCAAGUGACGAAAAGAUGGAACCUGCUCUUGGGAUCUUGAGUAUUCCGUCAAAUGCUUUUGUGAAGAUUUGUGUAAUAUGUAAGCAAAUUCAUGGUUCGUGCACUCAAUGUUCCAAGUGUUCAACAUACUACCAUGCAAUGUGUGCAUCAAGGGCUGGCUACCGGAUGGAGUUACAUUGCUUGGAGAAAAAUGGCAAGCAGUCUACGAAAAUGGUUUCGUAUUGUGCUUAUCACAGGGCUCCAAAUCCAGAUACAGUUUUGAUUAUACAGACUCCUCUUGGGGUCUUUUCUGCCAGAAGCCUUGUUAAAAACAAGAAGAGAACCGGUUCCAGGCUAAUUUCAUCUAACAGGGCACAAGUUGAAGAGGUUCCAGUGAUAGAAGCAACAGAAUUUGAGCCAUUCUCCGCUGCUAGGUGUCGCGUCUUCAAAAGAUUAAAUAAAAGAAGGAAGAGGACUGAAGAAGAAGCCAUUGCCCACCGAGUGAUGAGGCCCAGCAAUCAUCCCUUACUUGCCAUGCAAAAUCUAAAUGAAUUCAGGGUAGUGGAAGAGCCCAAGAGCUUUUCUUCUUUCAGGGAACGGCUUAAAUACUUACAGAAAACUGAAAUGGAUCGAGUUUGCUUUGGUCGAUCUGGAAUACACGGGUGGGGCCUCUUUGCACGUAGAAAUAUUCCAGAAGGAGAAAUGGUUCUUGAAUAUCGUGGCGAACAGGUGAGACGUAGUAUAGCGGACCUUAGAGAGGUGCAAUACCGAUUGGAAGGGAAAGAUUGCUAUCUGUUCAAAAUUAGUGAGGAGGUUGUGGUAGAUGCCACCGACAAGGGUAACAUUGCCCGGUUGAUCAAUCAUUCUUGUAUGCCAAAUUGCUAUGCUAGGAUUAUGAGCGUAGGGGAUGACGAGAGCCGUAUUGUUCUUAUCGCGAAGACCAACGUGUCUGCUGGUGACGAGUUAACGUACGAUUACUUGUUUGAUCCAGACGAGCCUGACGAAUCCAAAGUCCCAUGUUUAUGUAAAGCACCAAACUGCAGGAAAUUCAUGAAUUAGAACAUACAGAGCGCAGCUAUUGUUUCUCCGCAAGGACCAGCUAACCUGAUUUAUUGGGUGUUAUAUGAAACUUGUAAUUUUUGUUAGGAAAAAGAAAAGGGAAUUUUUUCUUCUUAAGAAUUUUUUUUUUUUUUUUUUUUUGGGUUCUUUUAGACAGUUUUUAUAAUUAAUAAGAACUAUAUAAAAAGAAAAAAUUGCUUCAGGCAUUUGUGUAUAUGUUCACAAAUAGUUC